AUGGAAAUGGUCUUUCUUCUGUUGAUGCAAUGUUUUAUGAUAACAUUUAUUGAAGCUAUAUUUUAUACAAAAGGGCAAAUUUCAAGUUUACAAUGUACGCAACAUUCAUUUUGCUCUGAACGUGAUCGUGCUCGUUGGUUGGAAAGACGUCGAUUGUAUCAAAUUUUAUUUACGCUCAGAAAUGAACCAUUCACGCAAAUUAUUUAUUGUCAUUUAUUUGUAUUAAAAUUUAGUUAA